AUGCAGUUUGAAGAGAAGUGUGACUAUACUUUCCAUUAUGAGAAGGGGUUUGAAGUUAAGAAGGAUGAAGACAUAUCUCCACACCUUAAACUAUGUAUUAAAGAUAUUGUCAAAAGGGAAGGGUUCACGAACUUCAAAAUUACGGUUAAAGUUAUUCCUACGGACGGAGGCAAUUACUUAGCUAGACUGUUUGAAAUAAAUAUUUAUGGAACAACUAAAAGUGGCUUUAAUAAUUUAGAUAUUUUCGUGAAGCAUAUAGUGCCCGAUGAAAUGAUUACCAUCAUUUCUAUUACUGACGCUUAUAAAAAGGAAGUAUACGCCUAUACCGAACUACUCAAGAUUUACGAUAAAUUACAAACUGACGCAAAAGUUCCCCACAAGGAAAGAUUCAAAAUUGUAAAAAGUUAUGAAGAAAGUAGUAGCGAAUUUAUUAUUCUGGAGAAUAUGAACAAAAAUGGGUACAGUACUCUGAAUCGAUUGGAACCGAUAUCAUAUGAUUUUGCGAGGUUGUCCGUUGAACAGAUGGCAAAAUUUCAUGCCCUAUCUUUUGUCCUUCAGAGAGAACAGCCCGAAUAUUAUGACAGAAAAAUUAAAUGCCAAAAACAUUGUUUUACUUUUGACGAUGAGUGGAACAAAUUCAUUGAAAAUUUCAUUCAAAUUUCUAUGCAAUGUUUAGAUGACGAAAUGAAACAUAAAGUGGAGAAGAUAAUACCAGUAGUAUUAAAAAAAUAUCCUGAAUAUCAUCUAAAAACUGAUACAGAGGGCACAAUAGAAGAAGUUAUCUUAAUCGACUAUCAAUUAAUACAAUAUGGUUGUCCAAUCAACGACUUCUUCUACUUCAUCUUCGGAGCGACCGACCGAGAAUUCCGACGAGCCCAUCUGGAAGACUUGAAGAAUAUCUACCACGACUCCCUCACGAAAUUCUUGAAAUAUUUCGACAUGGAUGUAAAUUUGUAUUUUUCAAGGAAAACUUUUGAUAGGUUGUACAAAGAACGACUUGACUAUGGCUUGUUGUUGGCUGUUUGGUUUUUGCCAAUACUUUUAGUGGACGGCGAAGAUAUACCUGAUUUCUCCAAGCAACCAGCGAAAGAUAUGCAAUUCAAGACGGAUAAGCGUCUGAAAGGAAGAUUGGAGGGUGUCGUACAUGAUUAUAUGGAGUGGGGUUAUUUGUAG